UGGAGUCCCUGUCGUGAUCGAACUGGGAGGUCGGAGCCUUGCAACCGCACGACACGGCGUGGGUGAAGGAUGCAAACAGUAACUAUCAGAGCGAACACGUCUUCGGAGGCCAUAUUAUUGUCCACUUCUUCAAUUCGUCCUAACCAUCAGCCUCCCAGUCCUAACCUUUCAAUAGGGGGCGCAUUGCGGCCGAAUCCCUACCACCGGGCCGGGCCGCGUGCGGGAUGGGAUGACUCAUGAGUUUAGGCAGCCGUGCACAAAAUUUGAAAACGGGCCUUUCACAUGGACACCAUCCACAUGUCCCGCAAGCAACAAUGUCGCUGUGUCCGCAGGGCUCCAAUGUUGCCCAAUCGUUGCGAUCAUUGCGACUCAUCUUGACAUUUCCGCCUGGCCGCCAUCAUCGGGUCCUGACAUAUUUUAUACCCAAUGCAUGGAACUUGCUCUCCAAAGAAAGGGCCAUUGUCUACGACGCAGAUCGUCCACGGCAUGGUGAUCAAGGUAUCCGUACUUGUCAAAGUUCAUUCGUGUCCACACUGGGUUCUUCGACAAAGCGGAUUUUUUUAGCGCGUUGUCUGCGAUUGCGUAAUGGGUUUCACCGUCAGGAUUCAAAGCUAACACUGCAUUGGCGGGGUAAAAGCAAACGUGUCGAUCAAGCCUUCAAACUUCCAUUCUUUAGCGCCUCUACAACAUGACUCUGGAGGCUUUCCAAUGCGAUGUCUGCUUCGAACUCAUUACGCGAAAGGAUGUGGAAGUAUGUCUACAGAAGCAUCGGGCAAGCACA